AUGCGUCUCCUGCAGCUCACAACCACACUUCUCACCCUGGGAGCCGGCUCCCUGGCCAUCCUUAUCCCGCCAUCAGACUCGCUUAAUAACAAUGUCUACAAGGUCAAGCCGCUUCCAGCUAAGACCCAAAACCACAAGGUCGACACUCACGGCCUCACACCAGAGCAAUAUGCCAUCACCCAGAUCAAGCAGACCCUCGAAAUCCCAUGCGAGUCUUGCCCGUUCCCAAAGAAAGGCCAGAAAGAUGCUUUCGAUAACACUCCCAACAAUCUUCUCCUCACACUUUCCUUAGAUGCAGUUCAAAGGGACAUUAUCAAGCUCAACGAUGCUCCUAUGUUCCCAGUAAUCUACGCUGCUCGGAAUAAAAUGCCAUUCCAGGUUAUCCAAAAAUCCCUAAAGGAUGGCCGUGAAGCCAAGGUCCCAGUCGAUAUUGACCUCUUCAUCGAAACCGACCCAGCCGGUCUCUCCCGUCUUCGUCUCCACGUCCUUGCAGUCUCUAGCUUCAAGACCAUCGCUACUAUGGAGAUCCUCGAAUUCCCCGUUUUCCAAAAUGAACAAGGCGAGGUCUUUAUCGGUGAAGCUAUUGUCCGUCCUCCAACUACAGCUGAAGCCAGUGCUGUUAUGUGCAAGGACAACGCCUUCUGCCGAUGGAAGGCAUACAUUUAUGAUACCCUUAACAGCAUCGCCCAGCGAAUCAAGGGAGCUCCACGUAGGAAGUGCGGUAAGGGUAAGCAGGUUGAGCGUCCAGCCCAUGCUGUCGCCACCGAGCAGCCACCACACGGUCAUCACAAGUCUCACGGGACCCACAAGACCCACAAGCAGCACCAGAAGGUUGAGGAGACCGACGGUAAGGACCGCCCACAAUGGAGAUGGUUCAACUGGGUUGGUCUUGUCAUCCGACUCAUCCUUGCCUGCCUUGUCAUCGCUGCUAUCACCAUCACCAUCGGCUUGUUCUUCACUCUCAUCGUCAGCACUGCUAUUCACGUUGUUGUUGUCUCUUGGUUGUUCAUCAAGGGAUACGCUUGCAGACGUAAGCAGACUGUCGAUGAUGAAGAAGAAGGCCUUAUGACCAAGGAGGAAGAGGCUCAGCUUAACGUUGAAGAGUAUAGGGAUGACUUGCCAAUCUACUCUGAGAAUCAACAAAAGUAA